AUGCUUAACGGAUUACGGAAAAGAGCACUGAGGUUGGUCUUAUCGCCAGCUCCUGUUCAACAUACCAUGGAAGGAAAUGGGGACGCCGAAUCAUACGAGAAGGUGUUAAAACAGAUCCGUGAUUUUGAGGUAGCAUUGAAAGCCAUGGAUUUUUUGUUGGACGAUAGGACACCUCAAGGUACUGACUUAUUGAAGAAGGAAUCAAGAGAGCAUGCGAAAUCGAAAUCAGAUCAGCCGGCUGCUAUCUUCCCUUUGGCUUUGGGAGUAAUGGAGUUCAUUGAAGCAACCUUAGGAUUUGAAGCCGACGUAAUGGCCCGGGCACACAAGACAUUAUCUGAAGCGGAGGAAGCAUCAUUGGUAAACUCGAAAUAUAAUGCUAAGCAUCACUUGGUAACUUCCAGCAUUUAUCCGCCAGGAACUGAGUUUCAAGUUACAUAUGCCGAGCUGACUUUACUCAACGCGUUGGUGAUGUUAUUGCAAGAGAACAAUGGUAUGGUGGAAGGUGCAAAAGCUCUAUUUAAAUUACGUAGGGCUUAUCAGACGCUAGACUCGAUCUAUAAAAAGAUAAAGGAGCUGGAGCCAGCGUUCUUGUCGAACCUCGCGAAAAUGAAAAAGUCUAACAAAUCAUUCAGUAGUGUAGACUUGCCUGGAUAUGUAUCUAAUGCAUCAUCAGAAAGUCUAAGCUCGAAUACUCCUGAAGAUAUAAAAUUAAUGCAGAGCCUAGAAAAAGUAUAUCAAAUGAGAAAAUCUCGUAUCGAAGGAACGAAUAUUGGAAACAGGGGCUUGCAAUCGAAAGGAAACGUAGUUGAAGGGGUAACAUCCUUUGACCUGUCUGUUGCUUCCUUAUCGAGGAAGGGCAGCUCAAGAGCUUUGGACCAAAAUGCUGCAUUUCAAAGAGUGCCUCCUAUUAAUGUUGUUUUACAACCAACAGGAGACCAAAGGGAACUGUCCGCUUUGAACAAAGGAGAAGAAGGUGAUGAUGAAAAAGAUGAUUCACGCAGUGAAGAUGAUGAUUUCAGCGAUGCCAACACUUAUAGUUAUACGGAUAAUACGAAGUACCUUAACGGUCACAUACCUGACUCAUACAAUUCUUUAUCUGCAUCCCUGGUAUCUAUAGAUACGACUAAUUCUGAGAGCACUGAAACUGCAGCAAAGAAUCAUUUAAAUGUUUCUACAAUUGACGAAUUUAUUCACUCAGGUGUUCAGUUAUGCUUUGGAAUUCUUCAAGUCGUGCUCUCUUUAAUUCCUCCAGCCAUUGGAAAGGUUCUAUCAAUUGUUGGAUUUAAAGGCGAUAGAGAAGUAGGUUUAAGAAUGCUCUGGAAAACAGCCAUAUCUAGCCGAAAUAUCCACGGAGAACUAGCUCUAUUAUGUCUUUUGGUAUUUUAUGAUGGUCCAGUACAAUUCAUAGAUGUCGGAUUUCAAUUGCCUCACCAACGAGAUUCAAAUGUGAAAGAGGUACUCUCUAUUGAAGACAAAUCUAGUGUCUCGGAAGCUGAACUAGAUAUGAUUUUGCAAAAUCCAGCCCUUUACACGCCUCAGAUAUUGAAAAAAGCUAGAAGCUAUUUUCCUCACAAUGCUCUAUGGGUGUUACAAGAAGGAAGAAUGUUAGCUGCCCAAGGUCAACUUGUGAAAGCUAUUACCCUAAUGCAGGCAUUUACGGAUGAUCCAUCUACUCACAUCGAAAUGCAACAGGCGGAAGCCCUCUUGUUAUUUGAUAGAGCAAUGUUGUACAGCUUCAACCAUGAAUACGAUAAUGCGGCUCAAGACUUUAUAAAACUAGUGGACAUGAAUUCCUGGUCCAGAGGGUUAUAUAUGUUUAUGGCGGGAUGUUGCUAUCUUGAGAAAUGGAGACUGAUAAAGAUGGGUUUAAUAGAUGUUGACGACAAAGAGCAAACCUUGAAAAAUUAUUCUGAGAAGGCUAAGCAUUAUAUGAAAAUUGCGCCAUCUUAUGUUCCUGGUCAUGGCGAGAAUGCAAAGAAGGGAGGAAUUGGUGGAGGUAAAAAACAAAUGCCAUUUGAUAAGUUUUUAUUAAGGAAAAUGGAGCACAUUGAGAAUAGGAAAAAGAAACACCCAACCCUAGAUUUCAUUGAUUGCGUUGGAACCUCACCAUUCCAUGAAUUAAUAUAUUUUUGGAACGGAUACAACAGAAUGACUCAAGAUAAAUUCACCUUAUCGUUGAAAUUACUCGGAUACUCUGGGGCACCAAACUCAGAGUAUUCAGCCAACACAGAGGAGAAGUCUUUUGCAAAGAUAUCAGAAACAAUGGAUGAAAGUAUGAUAAGGUACUUCUUACAAAGUGUUACUUUGAGGCAGUUGGGAGAAUUAUCGCAAGGACUUUCAUUACUCGAUAAUCAUGUUAUUUCAAAGUAUGUCACUUCUGAGUCGCCACAGUUUAAGUUUACGAGAAUGAAUUAUAGUCCAUACUUGUAUCCCACAGCAUUGUAUGAAAAAACCAUGUUCAUUUGGCUAUUAAGAACCGCGAAUAAAGAGAAUUUUGAUGCUCUACAGGCAGUCCAUGAAAGUAAAGAUUGGUUGAAAAAGGCAGAAACCGUUAGCGGUGUUGGUGACUAUGAAUUGAGCAAUCGUACCAGUAUGAGAAUAAAGGCUGCUGGUGAAAGAUUGGAUAUUUUAGCAUGA